AUGAUACUCCGAGAUCAUCCCAGCCUACAGCAGGCCCGUCUUCACGCUUGCCGUAGUUGGUAUGAGAAGGUGGUGCCAAGUCAGCCGGCGUUUAUCCCUCCAUAUGGGAACUUCACGUUCGACGGCAGAUUGGCCCCACCAAUCUCUGACCAAUAUCAGCCGUAUUCAGUGGCAGUAGCCACAAAAGGGGUACCUCCAGCCCAUGAAUCGGCUGGGCAGACUAAAACCGAUGAAUGCAGCCAACGGACAGAUGCGGAAGAAACUGUUUGGAUACAAGACCAGUUGCCUGACAAAAGUUUUGGGCGGAUGACCCCGUGCAAGGUUUUCAAAGGAGCGAUCCCCCCUGUAGCUUUGCAAACAGCAUCAACUACUGCACCAACAACAGAGUCGGCAGCAGCCAACCAGCAGACCCAGCAGUUGACGGAACAACAGUCGGUAACGGCUAGUAAUAGAUUGCCGGCCUUGAUGGGAGGAUCGUCAAUGCCACCUCAUCCUACAAGAGAAGAGGUUCAAGAAAAACGAUUGUGGACUGGUGUCGAACAUGAACAAAAUAGGAAUCAGGAAGCCGCUGCCAGGAUUGCUUCCGCAGGCUUUAAUACAGCUGAAAACACCAAUGUCCCUAGGAUACCGACUCAGACACCGACUGGAAACCAGACGAAGUAUAUUACAAUGGCUAAUCAACAUGGACACCUUCAAUAUUUUCAAGUAUUGCAUCUCCCAAAUCAUUACUCGCAGUUGGUGCCAGUGGUUAAUCCGCCAAUCGGUGCGAUAGGGAAUGGAACCCAAGCAGCAAGAACUCCUUUGGUGCAUCAAGGGCCUCCACUUAAUGGGGUACAUAACCAGCCUCAGGAACCUGUGACCAGUCAGGUGGUUGCACAUGUUAAUAAUAACCCAACAAGCAAUCAGGAUGAUGAGGUUGUGGUCCUUUUUGGAGCAAAUCGACAAGUUUCCAUAGCAAGUUUAGAGUCAUGCUCUGUCAUCUCCCAAAAAUUCAUAUCACAAGGGCAUGCAGAUAACGUUGGGCAACAAGCGGCUGGUACAGGACAGGCGCUGAUUAAUGCUAAUCCAGCAUUGGCAGCUGAUCAGAUUGAAUUGCGACGGUUAAUGUCAGAAGUAUUGCGGCGAGAUUUGGGGUUCAAGAUCCCGGAAGUACCAGGAAAGCCGUACCCAGCCUUAGUCGAUUUGGAGCAUUUUCCUCAGAACUUUAAGCUGCCUACAUAG